CCCCUUUAAGAUAUGACAUAACUUUAAGCAUUUACUUCUCGUAGCAAGUUUUAGAAAAUUAGAAAGUAAAAACCAGGAUUUUAUCAUAGAUAGGCUAGUGUUGAGUAUUCGGAACUAGGACACUCUCGCUUCAGAUAUCCACCAUCUCAGAAGCGUUUUGCACUUAACGCUUGGAGUUCCAUUCCUACACGACGGCCCAGAUUGGGGAAAAGAUGAGACAGUUUCUGACUGCUCUCGCAUUUGCGGGAUGCCUAAUUCAUGGGGCCAUUGGGGCAAUCUACUGUACAGUAGACGAUGACACACCUGUGUUCAGCACCCCUGAUCCCGGCUACAGAGUUGUCACACUGAUCGAGAGGCACACGUGCUUCCAUGGUGACUUGGAGGGGGAAUGGCUAGUUCUGCAAGAUAAUCCAAUUUAUUACAUACAUGGCUACGCAGUAAUCGAGAACAUUGAACCAGCCGCUGACAAAAACGAAGCCAAUGGGUUAAGGGAAUAUUAUCCACGGCACAGACAAAGUGUUCGUUCAAGAUGUGUUGAUGUCGAAGGAAUAAACUCAUGCAUUGGCUCACGAUCGAUUCCUAAUAACCGACAAGAAAAACGACUUUUAAUGGGUGGUGCAACAUGGACAAAUUGGAUCGAAUGGUCUGCAUGUGACGCCGCUGCAUGUAAUGUCGAGGGAACGAGGAAUCGUACACGACUGUGCUUUGUAUUGAAUUCGAAUGUACAAGCGAAUUGUAAUGGUGGUGACUCGAUACAAUUACAGAAGUGCACAAAACCCUGUGUGGUGCCGUGCUCAGAUAGCUUUUCGUGGACGCUAUGGCAUGACUGUACCAAAACUUGUGAUGGUAUUACAACGAGGAUUGGAAUGUGUGAGAACGGCACUGCAAAUGUCACCUUUUCAGAGGAAAAAAAUUGUACUCGUGACUUAUGCGCAGUGGAUGGAACGUGGUCUGAUUGGGGGACAUGGGGUUCUUGUUCAACAACUGUGAAUCUGGCACAAGGAAUUCGUUUCAGAUACCGACAGUGUCUACCGACCAAUCGACAUGGUGGAUUUGAAUGUCGGGGAAAAGAAUUUGAUGUUGGCACAUGCAUGGGAUCUGAUUGGGAAGAAUGGGGUUCAUGGAGUGGAUGUUUUACUACAAGUUGCUCGAAAGGAUUAACUGUUAGGAUGCGUGCAUGUAAGCACCAAAUGUGUACAGGCAGUGACUACGAAGAAAAAGUUUGCUAUCCCAAAGAUUGUCCAAUAAAUGGCGCCUGGGGAGCCUGGGAGGGCUGGUCUGUCUGCCAAUGUAACGGAUUUCGUAGGCGAUAUCGCCAUUGUGACAGCCCGCCUCCCACGAACGGUGGACAAGAUUGUAAGGAUAUGCGAUACGAAGUGCAAGUGUGCCACCAGACAAGCAAUUGUUCAGUUAAUGGCACCUGGGGAGCCUGGCAGGGCUGGUCACUCUGUGCCUGUAACGGAUAUCGUGGGCGAUAUCGCCACUGUGACAGCCCGCCUCCCAUGAAUGGAGGAACAGAUUGCCAGGGUUUGCCCUUCCACUUGGAUGUUUGCAACCGUACGAGCAAUACUAAUUGUCCAGUUGCUCUUGGUUGGUCCAAGUGGAAUGACUGGUCUACCUGUUCCGCCACGUGUACGGGGACGGGUAUGCAGUAUCGUAACAGGUCAUGUGACAGCGGUGGACACAAUUGCACUGGAAAUGUAGGAGAGAUAAGGAACUGCAAUAGCACAGGACCCUGUCCCGUCGAUGGCGGCUACUCUAACUGGCUGCAGUGGUCCGAUUGCUCUGCCACGUGCGAAGGAGGAGUCAGAUAUCGAUCCCGUGCUUGUAACAAGCCACGCCCCCAGAACGGGGGACGCGAUUGCAGCGUUCUCGGAAGAAGCACUGAGUCAGGGAUCUGCAAUAUUCAACCGUGUCCUGUUGACGGGCACUGGGGAUUGUGGUCAAACUGGAGUAGAUGCGACAUCACCUGUGGGGUUGGCAAAAAGACCAGAUACAGACUGUGUUUGGGGACUGCAUACGGCGGACAGAACUGCUCUGGAAAUGAUGUCAUGGUGUCAAACUCAGGCUGUCAUGGAGUCGUCUGUCCAGUCGAUGGCGCCUGGGGACAUUGGGCAGAUUGGAACGUAUGUAACUGUAACAACACACAGACACGUGUCCGGAAGUGUGACAGUCCAGCACAGGUAGGGUCAGGUCAGCAGUGUCCAGGAUCGCCAUGGGAUACCAAAUUCUGUUCAGACAAACCAACAACGUGCCCUGUGAAUGGCUUUUGGGCAAGCUGGUAUCCAUGGAGUGUUUGCUCUACGACCUGUGGUCCUGGUGAAAUAUCACGGCUCAGGUUAUGCAGCAACCCGCGCCCACAAAAUGGAGGUCUAUAUUGUGAUGUUCAUGAGAAGGGCGAGGAGGAGCGUAUGGGGUGUGAUGGACAGCCCUGUCCUAUCAACGGGAGCUGGUCAGACUGGAGUUCGUGGGCCACGUGCAGUGUUACGUGUGGGAUUGGUUCCCACACCAGGAACAGGUCAUGUGACCAUCCAGCCCCCGCCAACGGUGGAGUGGACUGUGCUGGCAGUGACAGUCUAAAUGGGAACUGUACAAAGAAACAUUGUCCAGUCGACGGCAGUUGGUCCGAAUGGAGCGCAUGGUCUGUCUGCGAUGUGACCUGCGCUACCGGAACCAGACAUAGACACCGUACUUGUGAUAGCCCUGCUCCUAAUCAUGGCGGUCAGCCGUGCAAUGAGACAGCGGAUCAGUUCGAGAAAUGUCAGGAGUCACCGUGUCCUAUUGACGGUAUGUGGGGAGCUUGGCAGUCCUGGACGUCGUGUUCCGUCACGUGUCAUAAUGGUACCCGGUCUCGAACCCGCAUCUGUGACUCCCCGGCACCACAACAUGGAGGCAGCUACUGUACAGGACAACAGAACGGCACUGAGACGUGUGCACCGCGUGACAACUGCAAUGUGGAUGGCGAUUGGUCGGAGUGGAUAGAUUGGGGUCCGUGUGAUGUCUCGUGUAAUACCGGACAUCACACCAGGUACAGACUGUGUGACAAUCCAGCGCCAGAAAACUUAGGCAAGUACUGUGAAGGACCUGAUAACGAAGUAGACCAAUGCUACGACAAGCCUUGUCCAAUUGACGGUGGGUUCGGUGCCUGGAUGGCGUGGGGUUCGUGUUUUCCUCCAAAUGGUAACGGACUUAGGGCGCGAACACGCCUCUGUGACAACCCGCAACCGAUGUAUGGAGGCCGAAACUGUCAGGGAAAUUACACAGAAAAACUCCAGUGUUGUGAGAGCGACUGUACAGUCGAUGGUUCCUGGUCUUCGUGGUCAACAUGGUCGCAAUGUGACGUCACAUGUGAAGACGGUCACAUACAACGAACAAGGACGUGUACGAAUCCAGCUCCCGCCUUCGGAGGCCUGAACUGUUCCGGAGAGAGCCUGGAAACAAACGCGUGCACGCUUGCAAAAUGUCCAAGUUGGAGCGAAUGGUUCCUCGGUGACUGCUCGGUGACGUGUGGUGACGGCACCCUGUCGAGUAUGAGGAUUUGUUCUUCCGGGCACGACGAGGACUGUCCGGGGUCUGCCUUUGACACCGUGCCUUGCUCGUAUGCGCCCUGUUGACGAUGUGGGGCUCGCCGCAACAAAUUACGAAGACUUAAUGACUAAAUGUUCCGAUUGGAAAUGUAUUACUGGGGGAAAAUAUAAAUAAAAGCAUUA